UGCAAUGGAAACAAUAGAUUCUGAAAUCAGUUUACUUGUGGUUCCUGAGAGUUGCAGUAUAUGUUUAGAUGAUGAUUUUAAAGCUGAUCAGAUGUAUUAUGUUGCUUUAUGCAAUCAUCAUUUCUGUGUGGAAUGCAUGAAACGAUAUAUUGAUGUAAGCCUACUCAAGGGAACUAUACCUACUUGUCCUUAUUAUCAAUGUGAGUCUAAGCUGACUCUUAGAAGUUGUGUCCAUUUUUUGACAUCUAAACUAAAAGUGAUGUGGAAACAAAGGAUUUUAGAGGAAUCGAUUCCGUUAACGGACAGACUUUAUUGCCCAAACCCGAGGUGCUCGGCUUUAAUGUCAAAAACCGAAAUCUCUAAAUCUACUGAAGAUAAAUCUAUGAGAUGCUUCAGAUGCGGGGAGCGCUUUUGCAUUAACUGCAAAGUUUCGUGGCAUAGUAACUUGUCGUGUAACGAUUACAAGAGAUUAUCUAUCAAUCGUAUGUCAGAUGAUAUGAAGCUAACAGUUCUAGCAUAUGAAGAAUUGUGGCGUCAAUGUGAAAAGUGCCAACAUAUGAUCGAACUUUCAGAAGGAUGCAUCCAUGUAACUUGCAGGUAUAUAUAA